AUGGCAGUUUGGAUACAGACAACUUUGCUGCUUCUCAACAUAAUAUCAGCAGUGAGAGGUAGAGUGGAAAAAGAACUUUCUCCAGAGUGCAAAGAAUUCCUCUACAUGGAAACUCCACCGGGAGGACUGGAACAUCACUCCGUCCAGUUCAUUUGUCAGUACUACAACAAGAAGCCACGCUACGUGACUCUGUACAACACUGCGGACCGUAUACCCAUCUAUUCUGCCUACAUCUUUAAACGCUCAGACGGGGAGAAAUGUAUCGAUGUCCCGUGGAUGUAUGAACCUCAGCUGUCCACAUCCUCUGACACGGAUGAGAUGCAGCCCUUUCCGCAGAGAUACAUGCACAUGAAUUUUGAAGAUUCCCAAGCCGUUCUCGACGAUUACACAAAUGCCAUCCUUUAUGAGCGAGGUACCCUCAACCCAGACGAGCAUCAGGAUGAACCUGAUGACAAAGCUUCCACCUACACCCUCACCAAUGUGGUACCUGUGGUGCCUGAUGUGAACAACCUAGUUUGGGACAAACUGGAGCACAUCAUCCGCAAAAGGCUUAUCAACUACUGUCGUGGAAGGGCCCACAUUGUCACUGGUGUCAUCACCUCUGGCAUAAUGAUCCGCCGCGAAAACAUGAACCGCAUUGCAGUUCCCAAAUACUUGUGGUCAGCGUAUUGCUGUGAUGACUAUGACCACAAUGCACCUUAUUAUGAGCGUUAUAAAUUCCCAUCCUUUGCUUACUACGGCCUCAAUGAGGAGGAGAACAACGAGAUGGUGGAAGUCAAUGUUCAGAAGCUGGAGGAGUUCAUCAAGAAGACUGGAUUUGUAAGCCAGAAAUUUCAGAUCUUUGUGGGUGACUGUUCCCUACCAACAUCUGAGAAAACUGCAUAG